AUGAUAUAUUGAUGUUUGACAGUGAUGGCGGACGAGCAGGAGUAUCGUCUCACCAAGUACCUCAUGUCCAACUACGAUGCCUCCGUCAGACCAGUGGAGAACUCCUCCAUCCCUCUCAAGGUCAUCUUCGGUAUCUCCUUGCAUCACAUUAUUGAUGUUGAUGAAAAAAAUCAGAUCCUCACGACGAACUGCUGGCUGACUCAGAUCUGGGAGGACCAUCACCUCAAGUGGAACGCGUCAGACUUUGCAGGGAUUAAAGUGAUAAGAGUGCCUUACAACAGAGUCUGGAAACCCGAUACCAUCCUGUAUAACAAUGCUGACUCGCAGUACAGCUCGGCAGUGAUCAACACAAACGUGAUAGUGAGCAGCAACGGUGAAGUAGUGUGGCUCAGUCACGGCAUCUACCGCAGCUCGUGUGACAUUGACGUGGAGUACUUCCCCUUCGACAUCCAGAGCUGCAACAUGAAGUGGGCCUCCUGGACCUACGACGGAUAUCAGCUCGACCUAGUGAAGCAGACUGAGGAGGGAGACGUGAGCAACUAUCAAGCCAACGGCGAGUUCGAUCUUGUUAGUUUCGAACCUGUGAAACACGUCGAGUUCUACUCGUGCUGUCCCGAGCCGUACCCAGACAUCACAUACGUCAUCAGACUACGCCGCCGCCCCAUGUUCUACGUCUUCAAUCUCAUACUUCCGUGUAUACUCAUUAACUGUAUAGCGUUGUUGGUGUUCUAUGUGCCGUCCGAGUCCGGCGAGAAGGUGACGUUAGGUAUAAGCGCGCUGCUCAGUAUGACUGUCUUCCUCAUGACCAUAAGGGAGACUCUUCCACCUACGGAGAAGACUCCACUCAUUAGCAUGUACUACGGUGUCAGCAUCUGUUUGGUAUCAUUCGCCUCAGGGUUGUCAGUCGUCACCCUCAAUGUCUACCACAGAGGUGUCAGAGGUACUAAGGUCCCUCCCAUCAUCAAGAACCUCAUCCUCGGCAAGUUGGCAAGAAUAGUCAUGUUGCAGUUCGAGCCGAGAGAUAAACAACAAUCAGACGUGAACCCUCGCACUGGCACGCGGUUGGACUGUCCCCGACCUGAGCGAUGGACAACCACUGAGGAAAGCGAGUACCAAUGUAACAACAUAAACCUCAAUACUUCCCAACUGUCUCCUAGGUUCAUCAACAGACACCGCAUGUCUAGAACAGAGACUAGCCCAGACAGUUUUGAAGCACAGUUCCUGAGGGUACUACACAGAGUCAACUGCACGAUAGAGCGAAAUGAAAUCCGCCUGGCAGAUCAGGAGCGUCGAGAGUGCACGGAGAUAGAGUGGAAACAGGUAGCGCUGGUGUGUGAUCGGUUCCUGUUGUGGGUUUUUCUGAUCACCACUGCGAUCACCACGACCGUCAUCUUGUGUGGUUCGCCCUACGGACCUUGAUCAUUGGACGUUCUCUCCUUGUUUGUCAUGUUAACUUGUUGAGUGUGAAUGUGAGUGUGUAUUUUAUAGUUUUUCUCGUGGAGAUAAUAAGGUAAACUUGUUACCUGUAUCAUAUGUGAUUACAUGUGCAUUGUUUUGAUGGUAUAACAAUAUAAUCUAAAAUGAAAACGUAUUAAAUAGACGUAUUAAAUAGACGUAUUUCAGAUUGUGUGGGGAUAAGCCUCUGCUCAGAAAACCUGAAACCUAAUAACAUUUCUUGGAGUUGCUUUCGGUAUUAAAAUAAAAUUCCUUGCUUUAAAUCCAAGCUAACAACAUAAUGACAACCAAGUAAUAACUACAAAAUGUAUCGUUCACGUUCCUUUGAAAUUUCCUUUUUUUAGCCUUUGUAACGAAUUUCAAUGUAUUUAAGAAUAAGUCAGUAUGAAAAUAAUUUGUUCAAGCUUUUUAUAUUUCAUUUUAUGUUAUCGAUUACAAACUUUAUCUUUCCACAUAUACUUUAAAGCCCUUUUGUACAGCAACUAUGUGAUUUGGUGUGGAGGGAAGAUAGUAACAACUAAAGAAUGUUACAAUAAGCUCAAGUGUGGUUAAAACCAUUGAAAAAAGUGCAAAUCUUUUUUUAGGGGUUUCUAAAAGGUAAGUACUGUUUGUAAUCAGUUUUCAGUAAUCAUUUGUCAGUUUUAUUCACAUACAACUACCUCAAUGGGAUUGAUAGUUUAAAUAUUAUUUUAAGCCACACAUUAUGAAAUUGCGUUGUUCUACUAUGAUUGAUACUAUGAUGGAUAGUUGAUAAUUGAUUGAUUUAUUUGUUGGAUGUAAAUUGUAAAAAUCAAACCACACUUUAUCAACAUUAAAUUAGUUCAUGUCCUUUUUAAGGCUUAUUGGUAUUGUUGCUAUUCCAGUUGUUAUGCACAGUUCGUUUUGAAAAUGUCGCUAUUCUGUGCACUAAUGUAUCAUAUUUUGUGAUAAAUAUAAACUAUGGUGAUUACCUAGUACUAGAGUAAGAUUUAAAGAAUAAAUAUUAAAAUAUAGUUGUAAGUGUUGUUUAUACUAAGUUGAUUAUUGUAUUUGUAUACUAGGUAGCUAAAGACAAUUCUGCUAGACCAAUGUUAGGUGUUCCUAUAGUCAAAAUAGUAAUGAACGUAUUGUAGUAAAAGUAUCUGACUCGGUGUAAAUAAUUAGUUUGACUUAUCAUGGCUUAGACCGUGAUGUUAAAGCAUAUACAGGAUUUUAACCAUUACUGUUUUAAAUUGAUAUCCGCGUAACUUCAGGGCCCUAAUCGUGCCAACACAAACGUUGUUUAAAGAAAAGUAUUAAGAUCAUUUUUUCCAACAGAAAUUUAGGUGAUGACGAUUGUUGGGUUAUUAUGAUUUAAUAGAAAAAUAAUUCAAUAAUGUUAACUUAAUAAUGUAUGUUAUGUUAAUUUAAUAAUGUUAACUUUCUUUGGAAAAAUACUUACGUCAAUAGAAAUUUGGCCUUUUUCUCUAUUUUAACUUCAUGAACCCUGAAGUAAAGCUAAAACCUUUUGCGAUGAAAAAUUCUGUAAAAAGCCUUUCAGUUACAAAAUUAAAUUACACAUAUGAAACUAAAUUACAAUCCUGAAUUUAUUUAGGAGUAUAAUAUAAUCGUAAAGGAGUGGUUUUAAAUAGUAACAGUGAGACCAUUCUAGGAUAAAUUAGAUUUAUGAGUAAAAUAUAUUUAAUAUAAAGACCAUUAUGAACUAUUUGAGUUAGAAAAAUUUUCUUUUUAGGACAAAUUUAACUUUUAUAGGGAAGGCACUGGUAUACUGUCAAUAAGGGCCUUACUUCUCCACAAUAAUGAUUAAACGUACAUUUGGCAUAAAAACUACGAAUUCAACGAUUUUUAAUCAAAUAUUAUAAAAAAGCAUCAAGCCUGUAAAAACUUAAAAAUGAUUAUGGAACAUAGGAUGAGGUUGAUUUUAAAUCACGGGAUUGUGCUUUGAUAUUUUCUAAAUGUUAAAUGACUAUUUAACCAACUUGGAGAUUCUUUGACUAAGGGAAUUAUCUACGAUAUGUUCUAAUGUCUACCUCCUGACGUUGAGUAAACAUUAUUUCAGAAACAAUGCAGAUUGCAAAACGGAAUAAAACCUUGAUCUUAUACUUAAUUUCACCCUAGAAAAAUCUUAUACAUGUCAAAAAUGUUAUUACUAAAAGUACAAACAAACCAAAAUUUAACUAAAAUGGAAUAAGACGUAGAAUAGAACGUUAUGGUUAUAACGUUAGAAAACGGGUAACAAAUUGUCUUCGAGUACAGCAAUAAAAAUAUGUAACCGUGGUUUGUUUGUACUACGUAAAAUACAUUCUAACAAUAGUUUAUAUUGAUAUUUUAAACUAUGUUAAAUUAUUUGUUUUAAGGUUAAAGUACAUGUAUUAAGAGAUAAAUAUUAUG